AUGGCCGACAUGCAAAUUAAACCCGAAGGGGUGUUUGAAAUUGAGAAGGCCUCGCAGACCGCGAGCAACAACCCUCAAUCCACCGACCUCAAGAUCGAUCAAAAUGGCCUGGUCCUGGACCCGCAACCCUCCGAUGACCCCUGUGAUCCAUUGAAUUGGAGACGCCCUCAAAAGCUACUCAUCCUUGCCGUUAUCAGCUUCGCGUCAUUUUCGUGUUCUACACAAGCAGGUGCCAACGCGUCGGGACUCGGAGUGCAGGCUCAGCUCUAUGGAAAGACCAUGCUGCAGUUAUCUUACUCGCGGAUUUGCUGCUGGUCCGUUGAUCUGGACCCCGUUGGCCAAAUGCUACGGGAAAAGCAGGGUUAUGUUCUGGUCCCUGAUCUUGGGUCUAAUCAAUAUAACAACUUCGUGGUCUCAAGACUAUUUGCCGCUCUUCUUGGAUCUGCUCCGCAAACAGUUGGGUCCACGUUUAUUACUGAAAUGUUCUUCCUGCACGAUCGUGGCAAGGCCCUUGGUGUGUAUGUCAUCUGUACCUUUUUCGGCAUUGUUAUUGGCCCAACCUUUUCAGGUUUUAUUGUCCAGAGCGCGGACUGGACAGUCCAGUUCUGGUAUGUCGUCGCCUUGAUGGGAGUGUCCGCCAUACUCUGUUUGGUUAUCCUGGAAGAGACAACCUGGAAUCGCGAAGCCCCUCCGUCCUUGCAGGCACCGGAUCUUCCCGAGCGAUACUUCGGCCUAAGAGCGGCAAUAUUCCUACCUGGCCGACGACUGAGUGAACACAAGCUGGGCGCAGAGACUGCGAAGCUAGCAAAGCUUUUUAUUGAUCCAGUCUGCAUCAUAGCCGGAUUCUGUGUCCUCGUGCUUUUCGGUUGGGUUGUAUCAAUCAACAGUCUCCUGCCUGUUUUCCUGCAAAACCCAGUGAUCGCGGGGGGUUAUGGCUUUUCUGCGAUACGAUAUGCGUCCUUCAGCUUUGUCAGCUGGGCCUCUACAAUCGCGGCGAUUAUAUAUGGAUACCAUACCAAUGAUCGCCUCCCCCUCUGGCUCUACUCUCGGCGCGGAGGCGAAUGGCAGCCGGAGUAUCGGCUGCACUGUCUUUGGUUGCCUGUCUUGCUGAUAUACCCCCCUGCCCUAGGCCUGUUCGGCGCAAGCCUGUAUUACCAUCUACAUUAUAUGGUAGUGGCUCUGGCCGUGUUUCUUAUUGGAUUUAGCGGAAUGGCUUGUGUGCCACCUAUAAUUCAAUAUGCGAUUGAGGCAGUCGGGCCAGAGUUGGCGAACGAAGUCCAAGCAGUGCUGAAUUUUUGGAGGAUGAUUCUCGGCAUCUCUAUUCCGUUUUUCAUUGACGCGUGGUUGGGAUCAGUGGGCGCCAACUGGGUCUACAUUUAUCACAAUCGUCAUCUUUGGCAUUAUUGCGGCGCUUAUGCGCCAUGGUCGAAGCCUUCGAAAGUGGUGUAUUCUGAUCAAAGGGUGAGAAAGGGACAGGUCGGGUGGGCUGUAUCCAAGAAGGUGCUUUGUCGUCUGUCGUCGCAGCUAGAUCCUGUCUUGGAAAAACUUGCUUGUUUGAACGCCAAUCCCGUGAGACUUGCGCAAGCUGCAUUCCCUCGCUUCGCUCGGCGGCUUAUGUUUGCGGGCCAAUGA